UUUAGGUCUGUCAGCAGUCAGCAAGCACUAGAUAAUUCUCGUUGACAGGAAGGUAAUUUUUUCUUUAAUUACAAGGUAAAUGGUGCUAUAAAAUAUAUUCUCACAUAAUAUUAUUUGUUAGGAAUCACAAUGUCUGGAUCAGCACAUAGGCAUCGAUACAAGAACACUGCUUUAGAUAGUGUGGAAUUACGUAGACGAAGAGAGGAAGAAGGAGUACAACUCAGAAAAGCAAAACGAGACCAGCAGUUGAACAAGAGGCGAAAUGUUAAUGUUAAUCAGUUUUUACCUGAAGAUGAUCCACUUCAGUUGGAAAGUGAUACUUCUUCACCGACUACCCCAUGGAUAACCCAAGACAUGAUCCAGGAUUUAUAUAGCAGUGAUCCAGAAUUACAGAUGGCAGCAUCUGCAAAAUUUAGAAAACUACUGAGCAGAGAACCAAAUCCUCCCAUUGAUGAAGUCAUUCAAACAGGAAUUGUUCCAAGAUUUGUUGAAUUUUUGCAAAAUUCUUCCAAUUCUACUCUACAAUUUGAAGCAGCAUGGGCACUAACAAACAUAGCAUCUGGAACUUCUCAACAAACAAGAAUGGUUAUUGACACAGGAGCAGUCCCAAUAUUUAUAUCACUUUUAGGAAGCAGUUAUGAUGAUGUUCAGGAACAAGCUGUUUGGGCAUUAGGAAAUAUUGCAGGAGAUUCUCCAGAGUGUCGUGAUCAUGUUCUUGAUUCUGGAAUUUUAGUACCACUUUUACAAAUACUUAGUAAACCAACUCGUUUAUCUAUGAUAAGAAAUGCAGUAUGGGCUCUUUCAAACUUAUGCAGAGGAAAAAAUCCACCUCCCGAUUUUUCUAAAGUGGCACCUUGUUUGCCAAUUUUGUCCAGACUUCUAUUCCAUACAGAUGCUGACGUUUUAGCUGAUACAUGUUGGUCUUUGAGCUAUUUGUCAGAUGGACCUAAUGAAAAGAUUCAGGCUGUAGUUGAUGCCGGUGUAUGUAGACGCCUCGUAGAACUCUUGAUGGCACAACCUCCUAAUGUAGUAUCUGCAGCACUUAGAGCAGUUGGUAACAUUGUAACCGGCGAUGAUGUUCAGACCCAAGUCAUUCUAAACUGUUCUGCUUUACCCUGCCUUCAUCAUUUGUUAAGUUCACCUAAGGAAUCGAUUAGAAAAGAAGCUUGUUGGACCAUCAGCAACAUCACUGCAGGAAACAGACAACAAAUUCAGGCUGUUAUUGAUGCAAACAUUUUUCCCAUACUCAUCGAAAUUUUGAGCAAGGCAGAAUUCAAAACUCGGAAAGAAGCUGCUUGGGCCAUUACCAAUGCUACCAGUGGCGGUACUCCGGAUCAGAUCAGGUAUCUUGUUAGCCAAAAUUGCAUAGGGCCUCUAUGCGAUUUACUUACAGUGAUGGACUCUAAGAUUGUUCAAGUAGCACUCAAUGGUUUGGAAAACAUUUUGAGGUUAGGAGAGCAGGAUGCUAAACUGCAGAAUGGUACCAAUCCUUAUGCUGUAUUGAUAGAAGAAUGUUAUGGUCUUGACAAGAUAGAAUUUCUUCAAUCCCAUGAAAACAUGGAGAUUUACCAAAAAGCAUUCGACAUCAUCGAGCACUUCUUUGGUACAGAAGAAGAAGAUUCCAAUGUAGCUCCAUCAAUAGACACAGACCACCAACAGUACCAAUUCAGUUCAGAUCAGUCAGUACCCAUGGGAGGUUUUCAAUUUUGAAAUAAUUAGAAUCAUUGUUUUUCGAAAAGUGCCCAUAUUGAUAACAUUUUAAAACAAAUACAAAAAUGACAAGUCAGGAAAAGGAUAACAAAAAAAAACAAAGACACUGUUAUUUUCAGAAAAUACCAAUGGGUGACGAGAAGCGCUGUGAGUUGGUAUCAAAAUUUUUUAAAUAAUAAUUCUAAAUGGGAAACCUCACACAAAAGAAAAACUAUAUUGGGCGAUUAUUUUUUGAAACAAAAAAAGAAAUUCUAUAACUAACUUUAGAAUAUAAAAGAGGCCCUAAGUCAUUUAUAUGAUUUUAAAUGAACUAAUUAAAUGUUAUCAACUCUUUUAUUAGAAAUUAAAUUCGAACCUAUCUGGUUUUUAAAGUUGUUAAAAAAGUAUUUUUAUUUUAGCUUCAUAUUUGGGGUUUAAUUAAAAAAAAGUAAAGCCUUGAGAAUCUCUAAUUUUGGCUUUUAUCGUUUUUAUGCAUGAUAUGAUAAAAAAAUAGCUAAAAAUAUGUUACAUUUUAAACAUAAAACAAUGAAAAUAAUAAUUUCAUGAUCAAGUGAAAGGGGAAUUCUCUUCAAUAUUUUUAACUUCAGAAAGUGAUUGAAUUUGACACGUUUAAUUCAUCAUUUUUUUAUAUUUACUGAUUCCGAGAAAAAAUGUUUUGGAACUGUAUUGAUAUGUGGCAACACUGAAAGUAGGCUGUAUUACUACUUUGUAUACCAAACCAAAUUGUAGACUAAAUAGACACUUAUUUAAGUGAUUUUAGAACGUAAAAUAUAUUCCUAAAGUAGAUAACAUUUUAGUUAAAUAAUCGUUUAGUAAUCAAUUCUGUAAUACAAUAAAUAAAAAUAGAGGUUAUGUAUUCAUUAACAGUUUAUCACUAUUAUUUUCACGAUUGUAUUAAUUUAAAAGCAUAUCACUAUUAAAAAUAAUUUGGUUAUCUACAUUUAAACUACCUUUUUACAGCCUACAAACAAACAGAAAACUAAAUUUAAAACGUAAAUUUCAAAAUCAAUGACAGAAUGGUUUGUUUUUAUUUGGCACACUAAUUCAAUGUAUAACUAGAAAAGGGAUAUUUCUAGGAAUCUUAUUAUUUUGACGUAUCUGGCUCAUUGUACUGAUUAUAACCAAUUAUAGUUAUUAAUGUAUGUAAUCAAAAAGGGCUUAAUUUAAAAACCUUUUGAGUUAGAUACUUGUUUUGAUUUAUUACAAUUAAUAGGCUAUUUGAGUUUAUUUUAUUUAUAUGAGAUGAAUUUGAUUGUAUUGUAUGUUUAUGUUUAUAAAUGUUUUUUCUCAAAUAAUAUGGACUCAGUAUAUUUUAUUUGCUGUUGCCCCGUGACCUACGUAUUGUAUACGAGACGAAAUAUGACGAAAAAUUAUUUGUUCCCAAUCAUUGAAAUCCAACGUAGUGACUUACACGUCUCUGAAAAAAUCAUUUAAACAAAAAAAUUGUUAGGGAAUUUCCCUUGACUAAUAUUCUUGAUAUUUUGCAAUAUUUUUGUAUUUUUUUAUAGGAGAAUUCCCCAUUAAAUUGUGACAUAUAUAUUUAAUGUUAAUUAUACUAUUUUCAACUUGUGUAUGGGUUUAAUAAAUUAUUGAAAACUAUUAAUAUUUUCAGUUGUUUUUAAUUAAAAAAAGUUUAUUAAUCAAUUUUUACUAGAAAUUGAAUACUUGUAAAUUAUUUUUGAUUACGUUUUUAUUAGUCAAAAUUGUUGUUUAUGUCUCAUCAUUUCUCAAAAAUCGUAUAUGAUGGUACAUGUUUGAUAGAUCCAUCCAUAUUAAAGAUUAUACAUCUCACACUGCUGGACAUGAUACCUUCAUCUAUCAAUUCAAAUUUUAUUUGUACUGGGCUUGCUGCGUCAAUUUCUUGUUACUUUGUUAAAGUUAUCUGCAUAUUUGGUUGACUUUCUCUUGGUGUGCAGUCGGCAAAAUGGUCACACGUUGGCAUUAAUUGACUAGACGUUAAGCAAUUAAGUAAACGAUAAUCUUCUAUAUGUCAAUGUUGAUGCCAACACCCUAUCAUCAUACAAUUGAAGACUGGUUCAAAAACCGUAUAGGUCCAUUUUAUUAAUAAAAUAAAAAUGUUUAUAUUAUAGUUGGUAAAACAGAAUAAGCUCAGAUUAGCACUGAAGUUUAUUGAUAUGACAUAGAGUAAUUAAGGCAUAAAAUAUUUUGACUUGUGAAAUCCAUUAUCAUAUCUCGUGUUGCAUAUUAUUCAAUAAGACUGAACUUAUUUGAAGUUUUUCGAACUAGUGUUUUCCACUCAUUUAGUAGGUGAAUUAUUUCCGUGCACCUUUUUGCCUUUAUAUUAACGUAAAUAAACGGUCAUAGGGCAGCAAACUAUGCCCUGGCUCAGGAUAUUGAUGAAUAAUAGUGUUGAUCCCUUUUUUUAACUUUGUCAACGUCUGAUUUUGUUCUGCGUAAUUGCAUUAUCAAAAAAUAGAUAUAUUGUCUUUACAGUCUUUGGAAAAUAAGGUAUUCAGGUAAUGAUCUGCGUAUAAAGUUGAAAUGCCACUAGUAACAAAACGAAUACAAAAGUUAUAUAGCCAUAAUUGCCUCUUAUAAAAUACAUAUCUAGCUAUGAGGCAAUGGUAAAUUUUGUUGUGGGUCCAAACUGAAUACCUCAAUUAUGGGAUAAUUUUUGCUAAAUUUGUCUUUUCUUUUUAUAAAAGGUAAAAUAAUUCAGACUUCAGCAUGUAAUGCUUCUUUUUCACUUUAAGGGUAACCUUGGAUUCACUAUCAACGACGAGAAACUACUAGACUAAUCCAUUCAUUAAUAAUUAAGCUUAUUUAUUGCAAUCAUUCGGAUUGUGUUUAUUAUUACGCAGACAUAGCUGUUGCAUCGGCUGCCGUAUUAGAAAGGAGACGACUGCUAAUUUGAGUGGGGAUGGUUUGCGAGAGUAUGUUUAUCUGAGGAGCGAGCAUGUGUUUAUAAAUGAAUCAGUAUUUACAUCUACUACUCUUGCUUUACACUACUGUCACACUUCAAAAUUAAUUACGUACUUUCCUGAAAAACAUACAACUAUGAUAGUUGCAAUGAGAAAAAUACAUUAAACUGAUAAUAACUGGCAUUAAGAAUGCAAAUAUAUUUCCCCAAAGUAAUUGUGAAAGCCCUUUGGGCAUAAACAAUCCUUGUAACAGGACUCUCCCAUACUCAUAAUAAAUUGACAACUUCGUGGAUAACACCGUGAAAGUUUGCAAUUCGAUUUUUGUAAACAAAAUUGAUCUAGUAGUUUUUCGUCGUUGUUCUCUAUCUUGCUCAGAGUUUAUUGUAGUUUGACAGGUGUCAGAUCUGGGACUACCAAAGCUUAUAUUGAAAUUAUGCAGGAAGUGGUGAUGGUGGUAAAAAUCAUAGGAUACCUUUGGCUUACAUUUCUCAGCUCUUUCUAUUUUUAAUCGACUUCAAAAAAGGAGGAGGAUCUCAAUUCGUUAGUAUAUUUUUUUAUGUGUGUUCAGCGAUAAUUCUUUAACACGGUGUUUGAUUUCAAUGAUUCUUUUUUUGUUAGAAAUGGGGUACUUCAGGGGUGGUCCCAUAUAAAUUUAGUCAAAAUCUAAUAAUUGUGUCCAUGAGAAAAUCCUCAGUCUUCAUUUUUUAUAUAUAUUUACGCGAUAAUUUUUUACCACUUUGUCCGAUUUCUGUUUCUUUUUUUGUUAGUAAAGGGGAUACCUCAGGGGUGGUCCCAUACAAAUUUGGUCAGAAUCUAAUAAUUGGGUCCAUGAAAAUUCUCAAACUGUCCAUUUUUUAUGUAUGUUUAGCGAUAAUUCUUUACCAUCUUGUCCGAUUUCUAUGAUUCUUUUUUGUUAGUAAGGGGUACCUCAGGGGUCGUCCCAUAUAAAUUUGGUUAAGAUAUGGUGAUGGCAUCUUCACGAUUUUGAAGCCAGUUUUUUUUAAAUUACUUUUAAUACUUGUCGCAUACAUGUCUGCUUCGUAUUUCUGCAAUAUAUUUUUGUUAUAUUUAAUUCAUCUGGUAAAUAAAAUUAUCCUCCAUUUUUCUUCCUACUAUAAUGCGACGAGCGCCCCGGAUUCUUUAUGUAUCUAUUGUGUUAACUACAUUGGCGGGAAUUUUAAUAAGCCGAUUUAAAUGCCUCCCUCUCAUGUCUGGUGGUGCAGAAAUACUUGCAUAUAAUGAUUUUGAUAAACGAUCUAUUCGAUGUCUAGUGACUCCAUGGAUAGCCCAGAGUGCAUGUUUGCAAAUUAGAUAUUCCAAGCAUCAACACGAAUAUGAAAUCAAACGAAAUAUAUAAGAUACACUUAUUUCUAAAAUGGUAUUUUCUACCUGUAAUAGUAAACGGUACCAAGCGUUUAUAUAAGCCAAUGUGUAAGACAAAAUUUGAACUUUCAACUUACUUUAUAUGUAAAAUAAACGUGUCGGUCUUUCUCCAAAUCGAUCAUCUUUUUCUAGCUACGGGCUGGGGGCAAAUUAAUCACAUAAAAGAUGUCUUGCUUAGGCUUAAUCUUUCUUAUAUUAGCAUCUCCAAUCGACGAAAAGUAUUUUUUAGUACUUACAUUUCCUAGCAACACUUUUUGCUGGUACCACAGCCUUGAUUUAGCUGUAUAGACUUCUCCUUAACUUUCCCUGCCAUUUUUCGGAACUUCUAAUGGGCUUGUUAGGUUUCUGAGGCGUAUCAACAUACUGUUUCACUUCCACUUUAUUUACAAUCCCACAGCGAAAAACAUUAAACUAAAGAAGGCGUCGUCAAGUCGAUAGCGACUGGUGAGUCGGUUAAGUCACCCCACAACAACUACAUUAAUUUAGAGCAAAAAACAGAUAAGUCCUAGACUUAUCUAAUUUUUACAACCAAGAGCUGUUCAGUUAAGUCCUCAGUAAUAAGAAAACAUUUAUGUGGCUUGGAUUUAACUAAUUCUUGUACCAAACGAUCGGCGAAAUUAUGUGACAAGAUAAUUGGGAAGUAAGUAAAAAAUUGGACUUAGCCGGUUUUUGCACCAAAGUCUUCAAUUUUGAAUAUACAUUGCUGAAUACUGGUGAUCGCGAAUGUAAUUGUUUAAAUAAUCGAAUUUAAUAUUUAUUGAUUAUUGAUGGAGUUCCAAAAUAUAACGACGUAUUUUUUGUUAAUAAUAAAUCUUUAAGACUUAAGAUGGGGCUCUGCAUAUUUCUAAGUUAGAAUUAGUAAAGACAAUAAACAAAAUGAAUAUUUUUCUGUUUGUAUAAAGGCACGGAAUUUAUAUUACGGAAACUCUAGUUUACAAUGAAUUGAACAAAGUUAAAUAGGAACAUGCACAUAACAGAGAGACCCCCCUACGAGCGAGCAUCGAUACGACUUCUGCUCGCCCCACUAUAUACGUCAGACACAGAUUUAUGGGCCACAAACGACAACGGUAUCUGCCUGAUAUGUACAUGUUCCUAUUAUACCUUUUUCAACUCCUGAUAAGGUAUAGUUUCCUCGUUGAGAAUUCCUUACCUGUAUAACCAGUAUUGUGAGGUUUCUUCUAUUAAUAAUAGGACAUGAAUAUUAAAAAAGCACAAAAUGUCAAUUCCAAGAUCGUUUAACAUUAUUAGUUUAUUAUGUUAAUAUUUGUAUGGCGUAUGGACCUUACAGUUUUGGGUUAUGAAUUCAAAUCAGUAUUUGACGAAUGCUGUUUUGAGACUGAUUACAAAAGAAUGAACAUUAGCAUGUUAGGCAAAAUAUAAAUCAAACUAAAUUCCAUUUGUUAAGGUAUUUAGCGGAAUAAUUAUGAAUGAAUGCGGUGUAAAGUUGUCACCUGACUGAAUCAGUUUGUUACGCAUUAAAUAAAAUGUUCAUACUAUAAAAAUAAACCUGCCCGCAGUCACAAUUUUGUGGCAAGUGUUCAUUAACUUUUCGAGGUAUUGAGCUUCACCAUCUUCUUCCUAACGAAUUUAAAGAAAAGUUUUCAGAAAUUAACAGUUGAACAAAUAUUACGUAUUUUAGAAUAUGUUCUAGAAAAUUGUAUUUGGUUAUUUUUUACUAGGCUAGUUUUCAAUACAAAUGGUGUAUUAAGUAAAAGGCAAUAUUUUCUUGAUUGUUUUAUGUUGAAAAUAUCUAGUUACCGGAGUUUAUUAAUUAUUUGAGCUAAAAGGUCAAUUUUUUAUGGUAAUGGGUUAAAAUAUAUGGUAAACCAAUUUCAUUAGAGUAUCGGUAACCUCCAUAACAUUUGUAUAUAGAUAUAUUUAUUUUUGCUUCAGUUUAUUAGGAGUUACUAUGUUAAAUGUUAAUGUUAGUUUUAGGAAUUUUGAAAAUAAAUUAUAUGGAUACUGAUAAAAUAGGUAUAUUAAAAAAAAUAUUAUUGGUGUAAAAACAUCUAAAAUAAAGACAAAAUAUUUAUAUAUAAAAAAUAACGAUAAAAAUUAAUUACACAUUUAUGAAUACAUUUUCUAAACAAUACGCUUAGAGUAUUUUUAUAAAUCAUUUAAUAUUAUAGUAAACUUUCUGAUUUAAAUACUCAAUAAUUGGACUUCUGAAAGUUUGUAUAUUAUCUUAAAUAUUUGAUAUUUCAUUUGGUAAUCAACGAAAUGCUUUAAUAGCUCUGUAUUAAGUACUCUUUGUCCAGUUAUACGUGGUUAUGUAGAAUUAAUUCAGUACUUACAAGUUAAUGUGAAUAGUAAGUAUAACUUGUUUUAAACAUACUUUGAAAUCUCACAUAUGCCUUGGAAUUUAUAUUUGUCAUAUUUUAUUUUGAUUUUAACUUAAUAAAACAAGAAGCUUUAUAAAACUAACUUUCUAAAGAUAGUUCACUCUGAACAAUUUAUUAUCAAGGGUAAUAAGUAGUACGCUUAUUAUCAACAAUUUAUUGAAAUGUCACGAAUUAGUUAGUGUGAAACACUAUCAAUAAUCGCAUGAGCAAAUGCAUAAAACAUGUCAAAAAUUAAUGUAUCAUAACAAAAAUUAAAUCAUAUCAGUCGGUUUUUUUUAUUCGUAAUUUAAUUAAAGUAAAAUCAGUUUAAAUCAAGUUUAUUUAAUUAUAUUCUGUAUCAGAUUUGUUUCUAUAUUGUACUUUUAGAUUAUGUGUAAGAAUAGCUUGUAGCUUAAUUGUACAAUUUAUUAAUAAAGACGAGUUUCUUUCGUUCGCUGUUGGUGCAGUGUCCACCAGUGUCAAUUACACCGCCUAGUUUACUUACCUCCUUAUACACAUGUCGAGUGUAAUUCACUCUUACUAAAUUGCUGAUGGAGAAAGUAUCCACCAGUGGACACCACACCGCCGACCGAAAGGUGUGAAUUUUACUCCGGGUCAAACGAAAGGUAUAGUGUCCGUUGGUGUAGUUCAUUCCUACACCAGUGAAACGAACGAAAGAACCUAUUUAGUGCAUUCACUUAUGCGAAUAUCGCCAGUCCCGAUACCAAGAAUUGUAAUCAGUAGAUUAUAUUUAUCAAGAAUUCAUUCAUCAAAUGUGACAUUUUAAAAAUUUGACAUCUCAGUAAUUUACAGUUACAGUACAAAAGCAAUGACAUAACAUGACAAGCUUGUCUACUAACAGAGGUUAUUAGAAAAAAGGGAAGAACAUAUUUGAAACAUUUGUUAGAAAACGUGAAUGAGGAUUAACCAAAAACCGCAUAGCUCUUUGGGACACUGGGGUGAGGUAACUUCAUUGUGGAAAAAUGUUGAUUUGUUCUUUGUUGUAUAACACCAUCAAAGUGCACCAUAUGAUAACAUAAAAGUAUAGAAAAUUAUUACAUUGUGAGUGAUAUUAUUAAAUACUAAAACAGUCGGGAAAUAUUUAGCUUCCGCACCUUGUUUAUUUUAAACUAGCCUUAGGAUAUGAUUGCGUAUACAGAUGGAAUUUAUUCCAUUUUGCUUAAUAAUUCCGAAAAUAUAGCGUGUACAAUAGGAGUUUAUGUACUACUAUUUUCGCCAAGAUGAAAAUAAUGUGAUAGUGUGGACAUUGAGCAGUGUGAAAUAUUUUUAAAUGAAACGAAAGGCCUAGAAUGGGUGCGGUGGACCAUAAUAAAGAAUAUAAGGCUGUGAAUUAGUUGUAUAGAUGUAUCAGUUGCGAGAGAUUUAUGUAAGACUUGUAAAUAGCGUGAACGUACUUAUUAAUGGUUGUGUCCGAAUGAAUAACAUUAGUAUAAAUUGGAUGAAAGUUUUUAGUUUUUAAGUAAUUUAACGUUUCAAAAAAUAGUUAAAAAUAACGCACCGGUGAUUAAAAAAAAAUCUCAAUAUAGUACAGCUGAAAGUUGUUAAUUUAACAAUUUAUGAUAGUUUAUUCUGCUAACAAUUUAUUAUAUCUGUAUUUUGACCUAUAUUCUUUUGAAAUGCCCCGUAUUUGCUUAGAGAUCAAUCAACUUUUUUGCAUUAUUAUGCUACAAGUUUUAUGAUACCAAUUUUUAAUUUUAAACUUCUCUAGAAAAGAACUUGGAAUUGCUUGAAUUCGUUUAAGAUUUAUAUCGAUUGUCAAUUAUUAACAAGAUUGUAUUUUGUGGUAACAAGAGUUUUGAAAGAAAUAUCGAAAUUUACAGACGUUCUUGUCAUCCUUUCUAAACUACACAUUUUUAAGUUUUGUCCGACAAGCAUGUAGAAUUUUAUACAUGUGUACAAUUAGUACUUUAAUAUUGUAGGGAUGUAUUAUAAACUGUUUUUUUUUUCUAAACACAAUUUUUUGAUGUUUUAUAAUUCUGUCUUAUAAAUAUGCUUAUUGUAUUUUUUUUUCUUGAAGGCAUUUUGGUGCCAUUUUAAUUAUUUUAAAUCAGUUGCUUUACGUGUUGUGGUUUAAACAUAAAUAGUGCAUAUCUAUAAUUACCUACUUGCCAUUUUUUAAGAUAUUAAAUUAAAGAUCAUUCAUUAAAUAAAUAUGUGUUUUUGGUCAGUACUGUUUAUAUUUCUGAAAUGUUAUAGUUUAACUGUCUGCAUGGAACUUCCAUGUAAUAUUAUUUCAUCAUAAAUGACCAUGUGCAACGUUAAUAUAAUUAUUGUGUCUUAAAAAAUGGUACGAUUUUCUGCUAUUUUGUUGUGCUUCAUGUACUAAAUUUACUUUUUUACAAAAAAUGUAAAAAGUGUAUACGUGUAUAAAAUUCCUAAUUAUUGUUUAUAGUUUGUAUUAUAAAAUGCAUUAGCUUUAAAUAAAUUUUGUUCCUUUUUAUGA